AAUCUAGUGUGUGAUCUGUUUAGAAAAAUUAAAUUAUAACGAAACUUUAUCAAUGUGCAAUUGUGCAUUUUAUAUAUAUCAAGAGAUAAACCUGACGUAUUAGACAGUGCAAUCAAUAAUGUUGCUUAAGAGUCUUAAUGCUAAGUUUUUGGACGAUUACGCGGUCGAGGUUAAGAGGAAGCAUAGUGUAAACAAACUUGUAAAUGGAGCAAUUUAAACACAAAAUUGUGCAACAAAUAGUUUUAAAUUCAUUUUAUGAAAUUGUGGUUUAUAUGAAAAUUACUGUGUUAAAAGUUUGAUUAUAAUUCUCAUGUAAAAAUGAAUGCUGAAGAGGAUUAUAAUGUAGCUGCAAGAUACCGUACAGUUCGAAAGCAUCUGGAUAAUUUAGGAUAUAAGCAAGCACUUUCCUUGGACGCUCUUCCUUUAAUAGAAAGACUACUGGCAGAUCUUAUACAAACUACAGAAAGUCUCAAACAUUUUAAAUCCAUUGCACAGGAUAAUAUAGAGGCAUGCAGUCAGUUGCAAUUGGCUGUUGAGCCAUAUAAGUGUGACAAUGCACGUCUAGUGCAGGAAUGUAAUCAUCUUCAUUCAGAGCUUAUAGAAACUAAAGAGGCACAUCAAAAACAACUCCGCGAUCUUAAGAAGCAAGUGCGCAAAUUAGAGAGUAAAUGCUGUGACCUGAAAUUGGCAUCGUCGCGCAAUCUCCAGAAAAUCAAAGAAUUAGAGUCUGAAUCCUCAAAGAAAUCGAAGAAGAUAUUGGAGCUACAAGGAAAGUGUUGCAAGCCCGUGAUAAAUAACGUUGGACUAGCAACUAAAAAACGUGCAAGCUAUCCACUCAGAAGACCUACUCUAGAAAGUGAUGCUUUGCCAAGAUCAAAAAGUAGUACUACGACAUUGCCUAGUUUACGAAAAGUGGAGCCACACAUUGUUGAUUUACUGAGCACUGCAGAGCACAAGAUGAACUGUUUGAACCGUGAGGUAACCAAAUUAAAGGGAGAAUUAGCAUUGCAAUCAGACAAUGUACACACAAUGAAAACACAGUUAGCUUCCAAGGAGAAGGAGAUUCAACGAUUAAAGAAAAUGUUAGAGGGCGGUCGACCGUUUGCCGCGGUUUCUAAGGAUUGUUGUUGUCGGCGAGUUGAUAAGAAUCAUCGAGACCCUGACAAUAAUGAAGUUAAAAUACUGCAACAAGCAAAGUUGGACUUGGAGUUACAAUUGAAAGAUGCUAUUAAUAAACAACACGAUGCAAUGUCUCAAGCUGUAAAAUUAGCUGAGCGCAAUGAAGAGUUAGAAAAAGAAUUAUCAGAUAUAGAUCGUAUUGCCUUGGCAGUGGAGGCUGAUUGCAAUACGGCUGUUAAGGAGAACAACAGAAGAGUUUGUAAAUUACAGGAAAAGCUGGAAGACGUCAUGACGCAAGUUCACGUGUUGGAGAGUGAAUUGACCGUAGAACGGCGAGAAGUACAGGAACUGAGAGCGGAUUUAGAAGCAAGUAAACUCGAAAAACGUAACAUACAACGCGUCUUAGAAUCAACAUUGGACGAGAAGAAGCAAAUGACUGAUAGAAUCAAUCAGUUAACUGUAAUCGAAAAGAGUUUAAACGACGAAAUAGAAAGAUUAAUUAAAGAGAACGAGUACCGAAAAGAAGAGAUUACACAAUUGAAAUGUAACAAUAAUUUAUUAGAGGAGAAGAUCCGUUUGAAAACAUCCUUACAGAGUGACAAUGGGGACGCCUUGAAAAAAAUGAGAGAAAAGGGUGAUAAGAAUGAUAAGAAUAAAGGAAAGAAAAUAACGAAAAAAAGGACUGCAUCAAAAGGACAUCGAUCACCGUCGCCAUCUACCCGAGCAAAGAAUAUAGAAAGAAAGGAAUCGCUGUGCAAAGAGUCUGAAGUCACAAAAGACACAAAUGUCGUAGCAUCGAAUGGAGAGGCUCAAAAGAUAAUAAAUGAAAAAGACAUGUCGAUAAUGUCUUUACGACAAACCAUCGAGAGAUUAGAGACUGAACGCGAUUAUUACAGAAACGAAUACAACAAAUUCAGGGAACAAUUUAACAAAGGAUCCGACAGAGAUAAUGCUGACCUAUGGACACAGGCGUCCGAGUUGAGACGUCAGCUAAACGAGAAGGAACGUGCCAUACAGGAAUUACAACGAGAGAAGAAGGAAUUAUGCCGUGAAAAAUUCAACUUAGAAGCUAGACUGCAGACUAACAAAACUCAUCAAAGAAGAUCAUGCAUCCCAUGCAAUCCUUGUAGCCCCUGCAGGCCUGUUGGUAGCUGCACCUGCGCUUCCUCGAGAUCACCACCCGAGAGUGACACAAAUGUAUCCAAGGCUACUCUGGAACGUUUAGAACGCGAGAGAGACACAGCCAGAGCUGACGUGGAACGUUUGGCAGAAGAACGCGAUGCACUUCGCGAAAGACUUAAGAUGGCAGCCGAGGCUCAUACUUCCGAACAGAGACGACUCAGGGAAUCAUUAACCGAUGCAGAAACAAGAUUAAAGCAUUUAGAAAGAGAGCGACAGGAUCUUCUGAUAGCGCAAGGUACGCGAAGGGCAACCAUAAACGGUCUUGAAGAUCAGUUAGAAGACAUGCGAGAAGAAUUGAAGAAAACGAAGCAAGAACUUGCGACACAACACACCCAAUAUUUUCAACUUCGAGCACUGCAAGAUCAAACGGAUCAGGCUCUUGGCGAUGUCCAAGGUCAACUGGCUCAAUCAGAGACCGAAUUGAACAAGGCGAUGGAUCGUAAUAGGAGUCUCGAGCAGCAACAGAUGCAGCUUGACAAUCAAGUGAAAGAGUUGAAACAGGAGAUCAGUAAACUUUGUGCUGGUAUGGCGCAAUUGGAUCAAGAGAAAGAUCAGCUACUGAUGGAACUUGAUGAGAAGACUGAGCGUAUUGCUGCUCUUGAAAGAGAAUUACGUGUCAAGGAGCAAGAGGCGAUAGGAGUGGAGCAACAGGUUCGCGAGAUCGAGCAUAAAAAUCAAUUAUGCCUGGAGCAGAGCGCAGAACAGGAAAGGCAAUUGCGAGGAAUGCAUCUGGAGAUGGAGAAUCUUCAAAGACAAUUGGCAAACGCGUCGGCAGAUCGUGAAAACGCUAUUCAAGAGAAUAGACGGCUUCAGGAUGACCUGGCAUCCGUAACCUGUGAGGUGCGGAAUCUUCAGAGGGAACUUGAAGCCUCGCGAGGCGAAUCCUACGACCUCAAGAGACAGCUGCAGACCUACGUGAGUGAAGUUCGACGCGCCGAGGAUCUUCUCAAUAGAAAGGAAAACGAGAGAACGGAGAUGCUGAAUCAUUUCAGAAGUCUCAGUCUGGAAGCUACUGUUUUGGAAAACAACAAUCACAGCUUGGAGUCCGAAGCGGCAGAAGCCCGCGGUGCACUUCAGUCGGCACGCGACCGACUGCUUGAUUUGGAACGACAACUAGCUGAUAGGGACUGUUUGAUUAGAGGCUAUGAGACUCAGAUCACUGAAUUGACGCAGAACGUCGCCAGCAUGGAAACUCAGUUACGGCAACAAGGGGAGCAAAGGAAAAGAGCAGAGGCUGAUUUGAAUGCAGUUCGAGAUUUGUGCGUUCAGUUGGAUCAACAAAAAGAGACUCUGCUGAAGCAGAUCGGUGACAAGGACGCCAUUAAAGCACAGUGCGAGGCACAGCUAACGAGAUUGAAAGCCGAGCAGAAUAUGGUUCAGGACCAAAUGGAUCGUGAUCAUGCAGCUGUGGAUAGAUUGGAGGUACUUUUAUCUCAAGCUCGACAAGAAUCCAUGAAUACGCAAACGGCCAAUCAAGAAUUGCAGAACGAAAUGACAAGAUUAAAGCAAAAGAUCACAGAACUUCAAACGAAACUGAGCGACGAAUCCAGCGAAUUGAGACGCUACCAAAACCAGGCAGCUGAGUACAGCAAGCAGAUCAGUGAGCUUCGUAGACAAAUGACCAAUGAGAGAUUCGACCGUGCCAGAAAGGAGGAAGAAAGUCGACGAAUAUCCAGCAAGACUGAUGACUUCUGUCCUAAAAGAUGCGCCAAGAGUGAAAUAUGCAGAACAAAUAGAUUUCCCAUGAGACCUGCUUGGACUUCCGUGGCGCCGGUGCGCAAGUGCAGACGAAAUGCCAAUGAAACAUGCAGUAAUGCAUAUUUUCAGUUCAAGGACGACGAGACACCGUGUAUUAAAAUAAUUCUGUAUCCGGAUACGAUACCACAUUCAAAUAAUAGAGAAUAUAAGAGUGCAUUGACUUCUAACCAAACUGAACGCUAUCAAAACUCUCAAAGAGUACCUUCUGAUCAUGUUGCUUUGGAUCAAAUAUCAAUGAAGGAACAAUCACAUGGAAAAGCUACGAGAUUACCGAUCGCUGACAUUUCUCAUGUAGAACAUGCUAAUCAUUCAUCGCAACAAACUUCUGGGGACGUAAGAGGGCCUCUGCUCGAGAGGAAUGCUAGAAGCACGUACUACCCUAGGAACGUGCAAUCUGUCUCUAGUCAACCUAACUCUAACCUGAAGACAGUACACAGUACAAGCAUCUCUAUGCAGUAUCCAGAAAUUGAUGAAACGUGCGUACCAACAGAAAAAAGAAUAACGAUCAAGACUAGCGAUGAUCCGAUUUCAUUAUCUAAACCUUGUCUGACUCUGAAGGACGUUACAUAUUCUGAAGAAAGAAUUGACAGAGGGUUAGUGAACCCUUUAAGCGAUAGUCUGACAAGAGAACGUACUAAGACGAAUAAAAAGAAACAAAAACUCUCAGAGAGGAUAAAACAUACCAUUCGUAGUUUGAAGAGAGACAGCGACAAGACUAUAAGUAUCCUGAAGCCGUGUAAAGCGUCAAAAGUCUGCUCCGCGACGAGUCUGCACACCAGUAGGUCGGUUUCACAGAAAAACAUUGAUACCAAUUUAACACAGAAUGAAACUCACGGAACAGGAGUUGCGUGCCAGGGCGAAACGGACACUGAAACGUCGACUUCCGUUGGGUACAAAGACCCAACGCAUUUAGAAACUACCGCUAAUCCAAACAGCCAAUCGGAGAGGGAGAUGAUAGAAAAAACAAUUUGCAAAAAGACCUUCACAUUGGACAAGAAUUUGUCAAAGUUUUCCUUUCGUACAGCUCCUCACGUACCACCUUGUGGGACUGAAAAUACUUUGACACAAGAAGAAUUACUUAGAGCACCUUCAGCGCUACGAACGAAUGACAGAUCCAACUCUCAUGAGAAAGAUUCAUGGUGUCAGAGUAUUUCUCAAGAGAGAAAAGGGAAUACGAAUGACAGGAAUAACUUAGAUGAUAGUCACGAUCAGAGAGACUGCUGUGGAAAUAUACAGGAUGAUACGUCCGGUUAUAAUACAUCAGAAACCCAGAAAACAGAGAAAUCACUAAAAUUUGAUGAUACCAAGAUGCAUUUAUCUGCGGAUACCAAUGGAGUACAAUCAAUUACUAAUUCCUAUAUAACAGCUAAUAAGACAGUGUCAGUGACUUCGAAGAUCAUAGAAACGGAUGCCAAUCUCACAAAUGAUACUAUAGCGUUGUUCAAGAGUGCACUGAACCACAUUGAAAAAUUAAGAUCAAGGACAGACACUCGAGAGACAAAUACUGAAGUCAGUAGAAACUCUAACAAGACUGAAAGUCCUUUUUUAUCAGGGAGAGUUGCUAGUAUUACUGCAUUAGAUUUAACUAAACCAGACUUCGUUAGAAUACUAACGGAAAUUAAAGAGCAUACACGUAGCUUAGAGAGACAAUUAGCUGAAAUGAAUAAUAUCAUGAAGAGUAAGUCAUCAAUGAUUAACGUUAAUGAUACACUGUCAACAAAGAAUACUACUAAGCAGCCUGAUAAUUUUCUACCAUCUAAAAUUACUUUGAUCAAACCUCCCCAGGAUACUGAUACUCAUAAUUCUACUACUGAAGAUUAUACUUCAGUUUCAGUAUACCCUAGGACUUCCUCGUCGAGUGAUUUACCUUCAAUCUCAUUUGAUCCAUCUUCUUCUGCUACUAAAUCAGCAACUGUAUCUACUUGGAACCCAAGAGCUACUUCUACUUUCCAGCAGGUAGAAGAAGAAUCGAAUUCUCAACCGAAUGAUACAACUGUAGAAUCCUGUUGCGGCCAACCGGAAGUAUCAAAAAGAACAGAGUAUCGAAAGACUAGUGUAACAUCUAUUUCAAGUGACAGUAAUGCAGAUCGAAUGAUUGAAUCGUCAAUGGACAGAAACAACAGGGAAAAUAAUAUAACUAAUCGUAAGACCAAUUCAACAUCGUCAUCAAGAUCAAAACAGAAAAGGCCGCUACUCGUUGUUAUGAAGUCAAAAAAUUAUUUACGAUCGCAAAUAUCUGGAGAAAUGAUUGAACACAAAGAAUACAGAGAGUAUGGUAUUAAUACUGUUGACUCUCCUAUUAGAAUAAUUAAGAGUGAUGUACCACAGACAGUUGAAAGGGAAGAGAUUGGGAAUAAACCAUUAGUAGCUUCUAGAGGCGCUGUGAGAAAAAAAUUAGAAGCGAAGCCUCUUCAAAGAAAAAUUUUGAAAAAGGAUGAAAAUUCUAAAAGCCCUAAGAAAACUGAAGACUACAAUUUACCAGUAACUGCUUGCACCCAGUCUUCUAAUUCUCAUAUAAUAGCAGCAACAUCGUGUUGCUCUACUGAUAUAAAACAAGAAAUAAUUCCAAGUAGUAACAAUGAAGUUCAGCAAUGCAAUACGAAUCCUGUUAACUGUCGAGUGUCUCCAAGAAGUCCUGAAAGACAGAGCAAGAUACCAAAAGCUUUAGAAAAACUUGUACAAAAUGUCCCACAGAAAGAGACAAUUGGAGAAGCCAAGAAAUCCGAGUCUACCUUGAUAUCCUGUAUACCUCCGGAACUUCCUCCUGGUAUUAAUUCCCCAGCAAAUACAGAGAAUAAAGUUCCUGAAAAAAUUACCAAAGUGGAAAGACUAUGGAGUGACGGUGCACCAUUUAAAUUAAAAAGAGCAAAAGUUGGAUCAAAAUCAAUUAAAAAGACUACGGUUGGAUUUCCAGUUUACAAACAGCCAAUUCAAUCUUUGCACAGGAAUGAAAAGCCAGAGGAAUGCACUGCAGACAAUUAUACACAAACUUUGAGCAGUGCAGUGUAUACAGAAUCGAUGAACAAUAAUAAGAAACAAGAAUACCGUGACACCAGGCCAUUUACAUUGAGAAAACUACAAGCAAGCAAAAGGUCCAAAACCAAUGAUCUUUCUGAGAAAGAUCAAAAUGAACGUAGCAGGUAUCGGGUAAAAGUAAUUCCUCAGACACAAGAGAGAAGUAAAGAAUCAUCCAACAAGAAUGAAAACAAUGGCGCAGGGUUAAGUCAAGAUUUAUCCAAAAGAUCAUCACGACGUUUGCCUAUGAAUGACUUGGUGAAGCUACUCACAAAGGAUCAAGCAAGCAUAAAGCAUAUGUCCUAUACAGCUACCACAAACCAUCAAAUAAGUAAACUGCCACCAGGUAGAUUAGACUCUGAGAGAGAGUUAACGUCAAUGGAUUAUGGAACAGACAAGUCAAAGUCCGUUACACCUUGCAAGAACUUGCAGGAAGAUAUAGAAAAGCUGAAGUCUGAGCGACGCUUGUUAAAUUUAUAUAAUUCUAACCAAGCAGACAAAUGCAAAUCGAGAUCAGAUUAUUCAAGAGCACAGACAGAUCCAUCCAAAAGUUUACAAUGUGGUACAAGAUCAUUCGAGUUCCUUGAUACGUGUGAAGAUUCAUAUUCUGACAGCAGUUCGGAAAUACAUGUGGAUCUGCCUUUCCAGAAUUGUCCAGCCAACGAAAACAUAAGGGGCAAACAAUAAUCCUUAAAUACAGUAGAAUUAAUCUUAUUCGUAAGCCGUAAAACGUAAUACCUUCGAACAAUAAUUUUGUACACCAAUCCUUGUAUUUCGAUAACGCAAUAAAUACUUUUUGUACUGUA